AUGUCUGAUGCAAUUCUUUCCUCCGGGGGAGUGUCCGCGGUUAACGUUACUCUGUGUGAAUCAGCCACACCUCUUGAGCAAUCUUUGAAGGUCGAAGGUGUGAGUUUGAUUAACAAUGUUGAGUAUAACGGUGACGGAAUUCGCGUGUGGAAGGCGUACGGUGUUGGCCCUGGGAAACUUUUAAAGUUGGAGAAUCCACCGUUGUCGGAGCUUCCAUCACUCACAAGUACUCAAACACAUUCCAGUACCUUCACUUCAGUCAAGGCAAGAAGAAAAAACGUACAGCCUCAAGUUCAUGAGGAUCAAGUAGACCAAGAGGCUAACGCUGAAUUCGUAGAAAAUCUGACAGGUGUAGAAGAAGGACUUUUUGUUUGUCCUGAGGAGAGCUGCACACGGACAUUCCUAAGGUAUUCUUCAAUGCAGCGACACUUAGAUUGUGGUAAACACGAGCGAGCUCUAGAGCGCGAGACCUUAACAGACAGAGCUGUUAAGGUGUAUGGAGAGAAACUGGAGGGACAGACCCCUUCAGUACCAGAGGUUAUUGCAAACAGUAGACCUGACAUCAUACCAGAUUCGUGCAGAAAAGUACCAAUGGGCUGGGCACUAAGGGCUGGUGCCCCACGAAAGAGAUUUACUUCCAGCCAGAAGGCCUAUCUUACUGCCAAAUUUAAACUGGGGGAACAAUCAGGACAGAAAGCAGACCCUGCAUCAGUUGCACGUGCGAUGGUAAGCGCCAAAGAUGCGAGUGGUAACCGCCUGUUUACAAGCGACGAUUUCCUUACAGCAAAUCAAAUAGCUGCCUUCUUUUCCCGACUGGCUGCGAAAAAGACCCUCCAGGAUGACGAGGAACUGUCUGAUGACGACUUGGAGGCCGCUGCAAGUGAAGCAAGAAUCCAAGAGCUGUCGAAUGCGGCUUUAAACGAACUGGCGCUUAGACACCCUAUCACAUAUGAUGCGUACAAUCUUUGUGAAAUGGCAGCAAAGUCCAAGUUAAAGAGCUUUUCCAUUUCAGUGCUGAAGGAUAUUUGCUUAUUUUUUAGCAUUGAUAUCAGCGAUAUCUCCGUUCAUCGUAAGCAGCCUUAC